AUGACUCCGAGACAUCACUACAGGAACCUGGAUGCAGCAAGGAGUUCAAGUGGAAGUCAAGUGCCUCAGAGUAAAUAUGCAGAAUUGCUAGCCAUUAUUGAAGAGACGCAUUACCUCCCGAGAGAAUUCUCUUCGGUCAUCGUCACGGCCGUGUAUAUUCCCCUCAGGCUGACACCUCAACGUAUCAUUCACGCCAGGGGGCUUAUACGUGAAUGCUUGGCAGAAACCGAGAGAAAUGCAAGGCUCUAACAGGCAAGGUGCAAACAGUUAUUGGAUUGGACCAACUCUCCAGACUUAAGAUCAAAGACUCAAAAGACAAAGGCCUUUGAUUUUAUUGGUCCAAUAAAAGUAUUGAGUAAAACAUCAUUGUUUUUUAAAACUGAGGUGGCACCUUGGGCUUCAACAAAAAAGUUACCCAUGAGCUGUACUUGACAGGAAUUUCCUGGUUUAUGUGUUCCCAUUGCCUAAAAAUGCAUUGUAUGUAGCAAAGCCC